CGGGCGCGCACACACACACACACAGACACACAGACACAGUGUGUGUAUUUGAAAUGAGGAGAGAGCUCAAACACAGUGUGGAUAUGAAAGCAUCGCUAACUUGGCGGGUCCUGGUGUGACGGGGUGUCCGGGGCCUGCGCUUCGUGCAGCGGACACACUAGAGUCGUGUCGGCGGAGGCAGUGGGAGUCAAUGAACGCGUUGUUUGGAGCCGUUGAACAAAGAGCGCUUGUUCCUCUGCCAUUGUUACCGAGCGGAGCUUCUCUCCCGGAGCUGGCUUCACUCUGUGAAACUAACACAACUACUCCUGAGGGAGCGUGUUCUUUAAAAGCAGGUGAGGGGAGGCCUGUGCUCCAGUCAUGACCUCUGGGAAUGGGAACACUAACAGCAGCCAACAUAAUGGAGAGAGCAAACCAGCCCAGGCCCUAGUCACGUCCCAGAUCCUCACCCAUCUGAUAGAAGGCUUUGUUAUCCAGGAGGGUGCUGAGCCUUUUCCUGUGGAACAUCCAUCUUUCUCUAUUGAAAGCCUAAGGAGAAACACAGCUGACUCAAAGAUGGACAAUCUCUCUCCAAAGGAGUUAAAGGCCCAGCAGGAGCCUAUGCUAACCUGUGAGCUGUGUGGCAGGGUGGAUUUUGCCUACAUCUUCAAAAGGUCUAAGAGGUUCUGCUCUACAGUGUGUGCCAAACGUUACAACGUGGGAUGCACAAAGAGAGUGGGUCUCUUCCCAAACCGCAAAACCACCCUGGAGAACAUGAAGAAACAAAGAGAACAGAACGGACAACACAAAAUCUCCAGCUUAGAAUCUAAAAAGAAGAAGCCUGCUGCUGCUGCUCUGUCCACUGGUCACUCUGUCCAGCCUGCACCAGGAGAGUCCAGCCAAUGUUCAGACUUGUCUUGCUACAAAAAAACACCACCUCCCCUGUCAACCACCCAGCGGGUGCCUGAGGUGCAAGGCUCUGAGCUGCCCCUGCUGCCACACAGCUUCCUGCCCAGUGAUCCCGGCCAGUGGAACAUUGAGGACGUCUACGAGUUCAUCUCCUCUCGACCAGGUUGUCUGGAGAUUGCUGAGGAGUUCCGCUCUCAGGAGAUCGAUGGACAGGCCCUGCUGCUGCUGAAGGAGGAUCAUCUCAUGGCAACCAUGAACAUCAAACUGGGCCCUGCACUCAAGAUCUUUGCGGAGAUUAGCAUGCUCAAAGACUCAUAGCCCAGCCCACUCCACACACACAAGCAGCUCUGGACAAUGUGCUCAGGAUCCCACACGUUGACUACCUGAGUUGAGUUCAGGUUCUGGGUCAGAGUUGUUUGUUGGGUUGUUUUGUCAAGGCCUGCUGAACACAAGGACACCAGCUUGAACGGUUGGACUGACCUUUUACACUGAUGACUUCACCCUGGCACUCCAUCAAGUAAACUUCACUAAACUGUGACAAGAACAGGGUUUCAUUGAGUACGUGAUUCUUUUUUGUUAAGUAUUCCUGUGCCUUGUGUUCCUGCUGGAGACAUUUAAGGUUAGCAGUUGAUUUGUUCUGGUAUUUUCCACAGAUGCACGGCUGCGGUCUCUUUGAACUCUGGACAGUUGUCACUGAGUUGCUCAUAAAAAAGACUACAGGGAUACUAUUGAAAAUACAGACUCACUGAUUAAAGUGAUAAAUCUUGUUAGCUUCUUAAAAGGUGGGAAAGAUGACAGGCAUGCAAGUGCAAGGUUAACAAAAACAUUACAAUUUUUUACUCUGAACAAAGUAAAAAGCUGACGCCCUUUGACCCAUCACAGUUUCAUAUUGAACCAAAGUAUUUUAACACUUCUGUGUUUCAAAUUAUUUUUUAUUUGUGACCACUGCCACAAUGUUAACACUGACUGCCAAAUAUUGAUGUUUUUUUUCAAUUUCAUGUCAUAUAGUUCAAUCUUAUUUCAUGUAAAGCUGUGCGCAGAGCAUUCCGUCAGCAUCUUCUUGUCUCAUGCUCUCUCUCACUCAACAAAAUGGACCCAGCUGUAUUGUCAGACAGGGUAAAAACAACAUUAUUUAGUGAUAAUGAACAGAAAAGUUCAUAGGAGAAGUCAGAUCUGAUCACAGUGGUCACAGGAGACAUUCUAAUGUCAAGUGGGAACUAACGAACUUGGAGCUGUCCACUUGUGAUCGGAUCACCUGAGACCGAUGUAAGUGUGAACAGGGCCAAUGUUUUUAUUCAGCAAUAUUGUGGCAGUAUAUCUUCCAGCCACCAGUGGCAGCACUGAGGUCAGUGGUGCUGAGCAGCUCCCCAGUCAGUGAGAGAAACCUGAAUCUCUAAGUCUUUGAUUGUUCAUAGGGAAGAAGGUGUGAAAAGUAGCUGACAGAAUAAUCUCACUAGCUUUUGAACCACAUUCCAUGGUCUUCAGUGGACUUUUUUACUUAGUGUGUUGUUUUCUAUUUGAUUGUUUAAUGAGGUGCUCAGUGACUAAACUGUUCGAGUUCCAACAUAUAGCAAUGCAUAGUGUGACAGUUCAAGCUAAAAUUCAUUAUUUAAGUCAAGACUGUGUUAAGCACAGCGACUGGAGGCAGAGGGACCCUGACUAACCCCAACAGCAGUUGGAAAAAAGGACAUCAAACAACUACAACACUGAGUAAUGACCCUGACACAGAUCUGCAGAUUGAGCCCCUUAGUGCUGUGUGUAAACAGACUUAACCACUUGGUACAGUUUUAUAUCUGCUUCCAGUCUAGACUAACGAUGUCUGCACUGGGCACCCAGAAAUGAAGCCUAGGAGAAGGUUGGUUAUCUCCUGCGAAUUCACCUCAGGAGUAUUUCCCUCAAUGCCAGCACUGUCAGAAAAUGCCUUGAUUGGUCAGUUGCUCAGUUUAUUGUGGUCAAAAAGUAACUGAAGAAUUACUGGGCUGAACACCAAUCAUGAUUAUUUGAAUUCGUUGUUUGACAAACCAAUGUUUAGUUCAAACACAACGACUCAAAUAUUCCUCAUCUAACAGAAAAAUGUUUCUUAGUCGAGCAUGAUUUAUACUUCUGUUUCACUGUGCCUCUGUACGGAGACAACAGACACACACGAAAAGAAAUGGGACCACAACUGUUUUCAUGAAACAUUUCAUUCAUAUCUUAAUAGGUAAGUUAUUCUACGUUUUAUCCAAGGGAUCGGUUCAUUCAUUUAAGCCAUUUGUAUUUUCAUGUAUGUAUUGAUGGCAUGUAUGUAUGUAUCAGCCAUUUGAAUGCAGAUUACCUGUUGACUCUAAUAUGUCAAGCUCUGUGUCAGAACAAGUGAACUUGGAUAAACUUGAAUUUUCUUCUUCUUCCACAAUGAUCAGGUGGAGUCUAUGCACACAGGAACAGGCUGCCAUAAGUGCCUGUGAUGACAUGUUGACGCAGAAGUAUAAUU